AAUUUCAACAUGGCGGACGAUAGGUUCGAUGUUGUUGUCAUUGGAUCUUGCUUUGUGGACAUGAUAAGUUACGUUCCCCGUCUCCCAGAAUCCGGUGAAACAAUCAAGGGAACGAAAUUUCAGUUAGACUUUGGUGGUAAAGCAGCUAACCAAUGCGUUAUGGCCCAGAAGCUUGGAGCAAACACCGCGAUGGUGGCAAAAGUUGGAAAUGACCAGUUUGGAAAAGACACCAGAAACAACUUCAAAAGAUUCGGCGUUAACACUGAUUUUAUAGCAGUGACCGAUAAAGCAGAAACAGGUGUCACCAAUAUAGGUAAGAAACUGAGACGUUGCAUGGUCAUAGCUAGAUCGAAGGAACAAGCUUAAUCUACCACGGGAAUUAAUGUGUAACUGAAUAAUAAAAAUUAUUCAUUACAUAAUACCCGGCCACGAGGAAGCGUUCCUACCUUGAAUGCCACCGCGGUGCUAAAUCAACUCUUGACUGAGUUGAUUAUGAAAUGUAAAAUUUGUCACGCAAAGAGAAAAAGAAAGAAGAAGAAUGCAGGGCUGUGCUCUAGCAAUGUCCGGGUCCCCCCUCCAGCGCCUAACUUUUACUCUUGGGAGACUAGGAAUUCUUAGUUUGUUUCAAAGUAAUCAGAUGCUGGGCACCCUGGGUUUCACAGGUUCAGAGUACUAGGGUCCCUUCAAUUUUCCUUAGAGUACAGACUUGGAAUGACUUUAAACUAACAAGUUUCAAGUCAUCCCAAGUGUCACCCAUUUUUUAGAGCAGAGCCUGAUCGAUAUAACUACAAUAUUUUACUUACAGUCUAUGUUCUCUCUCGUAGCUGUUAACAAUUCUGGUGAACCAGCAUUUAUCAGUCUAGCAGGAGCCAACAGACAUCUGUCAGUAGAAGACAUUAAAGCAGCUGAACUUUUUAUCAAAUCUUGUCAAGUUGUGAUCUGUGACAAGGGCAUACCCCUCAAGAUUGCUGAGGCAGCAUUGCAGUAUAGCAAAGAAUUAGGGAAGAAAACUCUAUUUAACCCAUCUCCAAAGCUGGAAAGUCUUCCAAGGUCUAUAUACUUGAAUGCUGAUUCGUUAAUUGUUAAUAGAGAAGAAGGCGAGAGCUUAACGAACAUGUUAGCAGAUGAUAUUGAAGGAGCUAAGAAGGUUAUUUGCAAACUGCAUCAGUGGGGAGCUAAACAAAUAGUGUUGACUCUUGGAUCCGAGGGGGCAGUAUCAUCUGAAAUCUCAUCACAACACGGUGGUAAGUGUUGUCUUCUGUCCAGUUUAAAAAUUUCAGCAUUUACUAGGAGUUGUAUGGAAUACCACUCAAGCGUCAAGCGUGACGGGGUGGCAAGAGUUGUUGUUCUCAUACAAAUCCUUCUCAUUUUUAAUGGCCGUUGCAAUCGCUACUUUUCAGGUAUAUGGCUGAAAAUUUACAGGUUACCUAAUUUUAAUAAAAUUAUAUAUUAGCAAACUGUUUUCGUGUUUACCAAAAGUUGAUCACGUGAUCAACUAAUGCAAAAGGUCUAUUGGCCAGCUUGUCCUUCAUACAAUCCAUUGUCACAUUUUGCUUGGGCAGGGUCGCUGAGUGUGAGACUAACGUGUGUAGUAUGGGUUUCCAUGCCAGUUCAUUAGGAAAAGUACACAAGGGAAAUAAUAGAGGGAUUAAGGGAAAGGGGAGGUUUCUUUUCCUUUUUCAGCUCUUGUUACAAUUUUCCCCAAUAACUCAAUAGGAGAGGCUUGCUACGCAGGCUACUGAGUUUAUGAUUUAAUAGUUAGAAAAUGUUUUUUAACCUGAUGUCACUUUUUUUUGUUAUUUAUGUUGUGCAACAUUAUUUAAAAAAUACAUGUCCAUAACAUAAAUAAUAUAUUAUAAUAAUGCUAAAUUAGUGAAUGUAAAUAGAAGAUGACUUGCUUGGUCACUGGCGAUUGGGCAAGUGAUGUGAGGAUGAAAGUUAUAGUGAGGACAAGUCAUUAUGUCAUGUUGCUAUGGUAGCAAAAUUUCUGGAUCUCAACAACAUGUCAUGCAAAUAUGGCAGCCGUGUUGAUCAAUGUACUUGCAUCUUUCUUCACUGAUGAGCCAAAAUCAAUUCAUCAGGGAGGGAACGACCAAUUCUAAGCAUUUUGAGUCAUUUGAAUAUUAUUAUUCCAAUAGUGUUAUGAGGGGAUCUGUUCAUGGGCAAAACCCGCCAAACGAUUGCCAUUGUGCCAACUCGCCUAGCCUGUAGGAUAGCGUUAGGGUUAGCAUAAGGGGUAGGGUUAGGGGGAGGGGAGGUUGGGGUAGGGAUAGGGGUAGGAGAGGAGAGGGUAGGGUAUGCAGAGUGCAAAGAAAGUCAGUUUUACAGGCUGCCAUUCGGGCAAGCUGUAGCUAGCAUGUACUAGCCCACAUGUCAUUUUAACUAGCCCCAAACCCUUUUUGUUUAGCAGGAUUGAUUACAGUCCUUCUGCAAUUUGAAUUUCCCCGAACAACAGCACUUAACCGUCGGGCAAGUUAAGAGUAAAAAUCACUAGCCCGAUAGCAAAAUCCAAUAGCCCCGGGCUAUCGGACACGACUUUUUUUGCAUGCUGGGUAUGGAUUCAGAAUUGAAAAAAAAUAGGGUUCUCAUAGAAGGCAUCCCUUUCCCUCUCUCCCCAAUCCUACUCCCAUUUUUCCUUUCUUUCCUCUCCCUUUCACUUGAAUUUGAUGCGUGUCACGCAGGCUACGUUCUCCUACAUUACAGUCAUACCGAUGUUUUUUCUUUCCAAGUUCCAGUAAUGGUGCUCAUACCAACACAGAAGGUAGAAGUAGUGGAUACAACUGGAGCUGGAGACGCUUUAAUAGGUGCAUUAGCAUUCUACAUGUCAUGUUAUCCUCAGCUGUCUUUUGCAGAAAUGGUGUUCAGAGCAGUCAACAUAGCAACUGUGACUGUAACAGCACAUGGUGUACAAGCCAGUUAUCCAGCUGCAGAACAACUCGAUAAAUGGCUGUUUGACAACAAUGCAAGAACAUCUGAACAGUUAGGACUUGUAUCACUGAAUGUUGUUAAUCUAGAAAAUAGUCAUGAUGAACUUGCAGUAUAA